UAUGGCGUCGACUACAGUUUCCAAUGUAAAUUAUUAAAAAUAUACAAGCAUCUUCUGUUGUAAGUUUACACAUCAUCGCAUUUAUUUAUAAACUUAUAAAAUAUAAAUAUUAUUUAUGUAUUAUAAUUAAAUAUAUAAUUAAAUAAAAGUGUGAAAAUGGGAGUACCAGCAUUCUUUCGUUGGUUAAGCCGUAAAUAUCCAUCAGUAAUUAUAGAAUGCAUCGAACAAAAGCCGAUAAAUGCGGAUGGUGUUCAAGUACCGAUAAAUACAACGGAGCCAAAUCCCAAUGGAGUUGAGUUUGAUAAUUUAUAUCUGGAUAUGAAUGGAAUUAUUCAUCCUUGCACUCAUCCUGAGGACAAGCCAGCUCCAAAAAAUGAGGAUGAAAUGAUGGAGGCGAUUUUUGAAUGCAUUGAUCGGCUGUUUCGUAUUGUGAGACCAAGAAAACUUUUGUACAUGGCCAUUGAUGGUGUAGCGCCAAGAGCUAAAAUGAACCAGCAGAGAUCUAGGAGGUUUCGUGCAUCCAAGGAAACAAAUGAAAAAAUAAUUGAAAUGAAUCGAAUCCGCUCGGAGUUGGCUUUAAAAGGCGCGUAUUUGCCGCCAGAAAAACCUAAGGAAGAUCACUUUGACAGCAACUGUAUUACACCUGGUACCCCAUUUAUGGCCCGAUUAUCAGCUUGCUUACAUUACUAUAUACAUGAAAGAUUAAAUAACGAUCCGGGAUGGAGAGGCAUAAAAGUUAUCCUGAGUGAUGCCAAUGUACCUGGAGAAGGAGAGCACAAAAUAAUGGAUUUUAUCAGACGACAAAGGGCACAACCUGAUCACGACCCUAAUACUCAACAUGUAUUAUGUGGAGCUGACGCGGAUUUAAUAAUGUUAGGACUGGCAACUCACGAGCCUAAUUUUACAAUCAUCAGAGAAGAAUUCAAGCCCAAUAAACCACGACCAUGUGACAUCUGUGGACAACUGGGUCACGAAAUGAAAGAUUGCACUGGAGCAGAACCAGAUCAAGCCAAAGAAGUGAUGGCAUUUGGAUCCGAGUGCGCAUUCAUCUUCGUGCGAUUGAAUGUUUUGCGUGAAUAUUUAGAACGGGAAUUACAGAUGCCAAAUUUACCUUUUAAAUAUGACUUCGAACGCGCUAUUGAUGACUGGGUAUUUAUGUGUUUCUUUGUAGGAAAUGAUUUCCUACCGCACUUACCCUCACUUGAAAUAAGAGAAGGCGCAAUAGAUCGACUUGUAAAUUUGUAUAAGAAAACAGUUUACAAAACAGGUGGAUUUCUAACCGACAGCGGUGACGUUAAUUUGGACAGAGUCCAAUUAAUUUUAUCAGAUUUGGGUGAAGCGGAAGACGAAAUUUUUAAAAAACGACAAGCUAAUGAAAUAGCUUUUAAACAACGUGAAAAAUCUAAGAAAAGACGACUGGAAGCUAUCAGCAAUUUUAAACCCAGCUGGAUACCGACUGGUCAAUUCGCCCCGACUAUGCUGGGUCAGGACGUCAAACCUGUACAGAAUGCUCGACAUGAAGCCUAUCAAAUGCGUAUGCAAGGUCGUAAUUAUAAUACGAGUUCUACUGAACGCGCACUUGGUACAGUCAAUGCAGCAACCGGAUUGCAAGCAAUGAUGGUGCCGGAGAAUCAGAAGAACUUUGGAACCAAACGUAAACGCGAAGACUCUGACGAAGAAGAAGAAGAUUAUCAAGCGAAUGAUGAAGUGAGACUGUGGGAAGAUGGGUUCAAAGAUCGUUACUAUGAAUCUAAAUUUGAUGUCAAGUCGGAAAAUCUUGAGUUCAGAAAUAAUGUAGCGCUUCAUUAUGUUCGUGGGUUAUGUUGGGUCUUACGUUACUAUUAUCAGGGAUGCGCAUCAUGGAAAUGGUAUUUUCCUUAUCACUAUGCUCCAUUUGCAAGUGAUUUUGUAAAUAUCAAUGGUCUUUCGACAGAAUUUGAAAAAGGAACGGUGCCAUUUCGUCCGUUGGAACAGUUGAUGGGUGUAUUUCCGGCGGCUAGUAGCAGUCAUGUUCCGAAACCUUGGGCGUCAUUGAUGAGUGACCCUAAGUCACCAAUAAUUGACUUUUAUCCAGAAGAUUUUAAAAUAGAUCUUAAUGGUAAAAAGUUUGCUUGGCAGGGUGUUGCUUUGUUACCAUUUGUUGAUGAAGUGAGAUUAUUCAAAGCAUUGGAACCUUAUUAUGAGUGUCUAACUGAAGCUGAAAAAAAACGUAACGUGAAAGGUGACGACAGAUUGUAUAUUGGUCCCGGUAAUUCUGGAUAUGAUUUAAUAAAAGGACUGUAUAAAAAUAAAGUAGAUUUUAAUACAGAGACUGAAAUAUCAAUUGAUGGAAUGCGAGGUACUGUUUUAUUAGCCGAAGAUUGUGUGAAUGAAGGUGGUACUUUACCUUCACCUGUCAACGGCUUACCAGUUCGAAAUAAUCAAGUUUAUUGCGUAAGAUUCCGUGACCCCAUGUUUAGCAGCCAUCAUAUUUUCCCAGCUAAACGACUAAAAGGUGUAAAAGAACCUCCUCGUGUGUUAAAACCACAAGAUUUUGAGCAAAUGCAUAAUCGUGAUGGUAAAAACCCAUGGGUACCAAGAACCGGUUUCUCAGCACCAACUCAGAAAGCUUUGCUGGGUGAUCCAGGACACCGGAUGCUUGGACAUCAUCUUAACAGGAAUCAAGGUCAAUAUUCAGCAGUUCCUGCUCCACAGAAUUCAUACAAUCAGCCGCGUGGUUAUUCAAGUGGUUAUCAAACAUCGUCAGGCCAAAGUGGUUAUUCGAGUUAUUCCGGUAACAAUUUAGGGAAUAAUUCUGGUCAUCGUCAAAAUUAUCAGCCACGCAAUAACACCGGGCCUUGGUCUACCGGUUACGGAAUGCCGAAUGCUCAAUAUCAACCUCGUUACCAGCAAUCAAAUCAGCAACAAUACAUGCACCAUCAAAAUUCUUACAGAAACAAUUUAAAUCAUCAUCAAGGGUCUGGUAAUUAUUCAUCAAAUUACAAUCAAGACAGAAAUAAACAGUACAACCAAUAUGGCGGGGGCGGAGGUAACAGACGUAAUCGAUAAGAAAUCAUGAGUGCAAUUAAAUGCAAUUAAUGGGUAGGGUAUAUUAUAUAUUAAGGAAUAAUUUAAUUCGACAACAAAGUGCUGGCCUAUUUAAUAAAAUAGCCAGCAAUCAAAAAUUUUUUAUGCACCUGUCUCGUAAAUUAAAUAUAACUAUCAUUCAUAUUUAAGAAUAUAUAUAUUUGUCUUUCGAGUAAGUUUUAAAUUCAGGUCGAUGUGUAAUUUCUAAAUCGACCAUUCAAAUAAUAAGUUCGCAUAAUAGUAAAUAUAAUCGAUUAAUUGUAACCAUAGAAUUUUUUAUUUCGUGUGCUUGAGUCGCGGAAAAAAAAUCAAAUAAAAAAUAGGAAAAAUUUGUAAAGUAAAACUAUAGAACCACAUAAUGGAAUACGAUAAUAUUUACUUUUGGCAACAGUAAAAAUUAUGUUCCAUUAGUGCGCUGAGAAAAAUUAUUUCCGAAUUCGAAUGUCGUUUACUUUAUAGGCAAUUUUAUCCGGAGAAAAAUGGAGACAAAAAAUGUACGAAUUUUUAUUAUGCUGUCGACGAAACUUACAACUGUUGCAAGUUUCGUCGACCUCUGGUGGAAAAUUUUCGGACUUUUGUUGAAAAAGUCUUUAGAGCUUUAGAACAGAGUUUUUUAGACAGAGGUUCGAAAAAUUUACAUUAGGGACUGCAUAAUAAGAAUUUGGAUAUUUUUCUAGCCUUUUUUUCCAUGUAUAGUAGCGUGUUUAAAAAAAAAACAGAUUUUUUUUUAUGGUAUCCAAAAAAUGAAAGUAUAACUAAAAAUAAAAAUUUUGGCACCAAUCCGGGCUCUUAAUAAUGAUAUUAAGGUUUGCCUCAAUCCAUUUUUCUAUUUUCCAUUUAAAUAACAUGGAAAAAAAAUUUUUUUUUUUUAGAAUUUUCUAGCUCACAGACUAAUCAACGAAUUUCUUUGCACAAUGAAUGUUUUUGUAGGAAAUUGAACGCUCUACAAAAAAAAAGUUUUUUAUCAUUUUUUGAUAAAUCCCAUUGUUUAAAAGGUAUUUAAGCUUCAAUUCAAAUUUAUAGUAAAUUUGAAAUUUUUUUCUUUUCCGGCGAAACUAUCAGUCUUAUCAAAAAAUGUCAUUGGAACUUUUUGUAGAUAAUUUUAUUUCUUACAAAUUAUUACAAAUAAAGUUUUUCGAAAUUCCGCAUUGUUUUCUAGUUAUUUUCAUUUCAAUGUCAAGAUUUUAAAAUCAAUCAGAAAUCUAUUUUUUUAAGAGCUUGACAUUGAAAUGUAAAUAACUUGUGAACAAUGUGGAAUUUCGAAAAACUUUAUUCAUAAUAAUUUCUAAGGAAUCAAAUUAUCUACAAAAAGUUCUAAUGACAUUUUUUGAUAAGACUGAUAGAUUCGCCGGAAAAGAAAAAAAUCUCAAAAUUUACCUUAAAGUUGACUUGAAGCUUGAAUAACUUUUGAACAAUGAGAUUUAUCAAAAAAUGAUAAAAAACUUUUUUUGUAGAGCGUUCAAUUUCCUAAAAAAACUUUCAUUGUGCUAAGAAAUCCGUUCAUUAGUUUGUGAGCUAGGAAAUAUUAAAAAAAAAAAUUGUUUUCCCGUUAUUUAAAUGGAAAAUACAAAAAUGGAUUGAGGCAAACUUUAUUAUCAUUAAUAAGAGCUCAAAUUGGUACUAAAAUUUCUAUUUUCAGUUAUACUUUCAAUUUUUGGAUACCAUAAAAAAGAAAAUUGUUUUUUUUUUUUUUGAAACAUUUUAAUGGAUAGAUUAAGAAAAUAUGUCAUUGUCACUAUAGCAAUAACGUGUUUACUUGAAUCAAAUAGUUUUUACUUACAACUGCGAAUCAUUUUUCUCAGCGAUUUUAGUUUUCUUUCUACUAGUAAUUAAAAGUAAAUUUUAAGUUCUGUUUUUUCCGUGUUAAAAUUUAUGAUAAAAUUCUUUAUCAAUUGUAUUGUAAAUGAUCAUUGUAAAUGUGAAGAUUAUUCACUAAAAUCAAAUUGAAAAAAAAUAUAUGUACAUACAUAUAUGUAUUAUUGAAAAAAUAAACCCUACAAUUUAGAGUAAACUUAGGCCGAAACAAUAGAAAUAAAACUAAAAAUUACUCAAAAUUGAGUAUUUUUGACUCUAUAACCAAACAAUAUUUAGAAACACCAGAGAAAUUAUUCGUCCUGGCCUCAAUUUACUUAUAAUUGUAGAGUAAAAUUUGUUAUAUAAUUUUUCUAUGUAUAGUCCUUAUUUAGGUUGAUUUUUAAUUUUGGAGCUCUUGUGAAUUUGAAUGAUUUGAAAUAAACUAAAAAUUAAUCUACCAAAUCUUCGGGUUCUCGUCUUCAGUCAUAGGUUAGUUUCUAACCUGCAAACAUUGAUCAUGGUUUUUAUUUAUGCACAAUAUUAUUUGAAAGACCGAAUAAUUCUUUUAUGUCUUUCACAAUUCAGUGGACGAACGAAACUAACCUUGUUAAUUUACACAAUGAAAUACAUCUUAGUCGUUUUAUGAAAUAGUAAAAAAUAUUUGGACAUAUCUUACAACAGAGAGCUUGCAUUUGUCAAAAAAUUAUGAACAAAAAUAUCUGAUACCAAGCAAAUUUACUUUGAUAUGAAUUAGUAAAAAUUACUACUGCUAGUGAAAAGUGAACCACUAUUUGAAUUAUUGGCGCUCUAUUUACUAAUAAAUUGUGAAUAGUCACUCUAUUUUUAUCUUUUACAUUUUUAGCCCACUUAAUUUACUCUCAAGUGUUGUAGGGGGAAAUUAACUACUACGAGUAAUUUUUUUUUUUUUUUAUUCUUUUUAAAAAUAUUUAUAUUAAUUCAUAUUCUAAGGCAAUUAGAUGGUUUUUGAAUUUCUUAUAGAAAUUUCAGCCUAUUCAUUGUAAUUUUUAUUGUAAUUCAAUAUAAAUUUUAUAAAUUGAAUCAUCAACUUUUUAUCAUAACUGACGAGUAAAAAUUGAACUAGAGAGAAUUUAUUUAGACAGCCGCUAGGUGUCAUUUUUACUCGUAAGUAUGAGUAAAAAUUAAUCUGAUUGAUUUUUACUCACUGAAAGAGUAAAAUUUCGUAAUUCAAAAGUAAAAAGUCGUAAUGGCCCAAGAUUACUCGAUUUAGAGUAAUUUUUAUAAUAAAUAACAUGACAAUAUUUAUACGGAAAUUCUUUCCGUGUAUGCUACCAUAGCAUUUUAAACGAGAAUCAUUUCUCCAUGUAUCAAUUUAUCAGCAUUCGAAUGCUCCAGUUAUAUAUUCGAUUUCAAAGUAUCGAUUCAAAAUGAGCUUAUUAAAUGCUCGGAGAGUGAAUACUAUAAUUUUAGAUUUUUAUAAUGGAUAUCAGUAUUUAUAGCCAAUAUAUACUUAGAGUUUUAUUUGAUUCAAUUUUAAUAGAUUUUCAACGGCCUAAUUUAUGAAGAGUUAUAGUAAUGUAAUAGAAAAUACAGCUUUUCUAAUUUUUUUUCCGAGGCCAGUAAAAUGCAGUAACGCGCUUGUUAAUUUUUAAGUUACAUGUAUUUUUAUUAAUGCAUAGAGACUGCAUAGAGUGACAUUCAUUUCUGUAGAGUAAUAACCGUUGCUUUUAUUUAUUUCAAAGAUUUGAAUUCCCUAGGGAGCAUCAAUAUCUGAAAUCAUCUCCAAAUGAAGUCUAUCCUAAUAUACAAAUAGUUAAAUAAGCUUUUUUGUUACUAUAAUCCACCAAAAUUGAAUAAACUAUUUCUUAAACACUAAAGUGUUUUAUUUUUAUGUAUCAAGACGAAAGUCGA